AUGGAGGCCCCGCCGGCUCCGCCGUAUGCGGACGCGAAGCUUGGGUCCGUGUACUGGGAUGCCCGCCACGCACGGGCCGGUGCCGCCUUCUUUGACUGGUAUGUCACCUUUGCCAGGCUACUGCAUGUGUUCAACGUCCUGCUGCCCAGCCCAGAGGCGAGCCCGGAGAUCCUGGAGGUGGGUUUUGGCACCUCUGAGAUCCCACUGCGGCUCUUUGAGAACGGCUGGGAGCUGGUAACUGCCAUCGACACCUCAGCCGAAGCCGUUCGCUUGGCCAAGGGCCGUGGGCAGCAUCAGCGCAAAGCGGCCCUCCAGUUCCUUCAGAUGGACGCGCGGGCCCUUGAAUUCCCAGAUGAAUGCUUCGACGUGGUUCUCGAUAAGGCCACGCUUGACACGAUUCUGUGCGCUGGCGAUGGCGGCGGGCAAGCCCAGGCCUACCUUUCCGAGGCCUACCGAGUGCUGAAGCCCAGAGGGCUCUUUCUCCUGGUGUCGCACUCCGGGCCAUCCUUGCGACUCCAUCACCUGGCGCAGGGGCACCUGCUGGAUCGCGUUGUGAUCAUCCUGCUGCUUGCAGACGCUGCGCUGGAGCUGACUGAUGAACUUGAGCAGGCCAUCGAGGAACACGCAGCUUCAUUUGUCGAGCUCUACUUUGCCUGCGCCAAGCCGAAGAAAAACAAGGUGGGUAACAGCAUGAGCAUGGAAGCGGCCAACCUUCGCACCUGA